AUGGACGGGUACUCCGACGUGAGCUUGGCUGCUCCAGAUUUGAGGAUACCCACCUGCGCCGCACCCUGCAAUCUGAUUGACAAGGUAGGGGGGCUUUGCUACCAUCGCAACAGCCUGGGGCGGAUUGUGUCAGGCGUUUUUUGCGCCUGCCGUGGUGGGGCGGAGCCUUAUCUCGGGGGCUUACUCCGGUCUCUGAUCGGAGAGGAGGAACCAAGGGCAGUGGCUUUCGUUAGUGGACUCAAAUGCCGGGAGUGCGGGCGCGAACAGCCCGCCGAUCCCCUGAACGUCUGUGAUUUCUGCUUCGGCCCGCUGGAAGUGGUCUACGACUACGCCACCAUCUCCGAGGUGGUGAGCCGCGACCGCAUCACCGCCGGGCCGUUGAGCAUCUGGCGGUACGCUGAUCUCCUGCCCGCCGAGAGCGAGAACCGCGUGGAUAUCAUGGCGGGCUUCACGCCGCUCAUCAAGGCCGACAACCUGGGCAAGCGGCUGGGUCUGAACAACCUGUACAUCAAGAACGACAGCGUCAACCCGUCGUUCUCCUUCAAGGACCGUGUCGUAUCGGUGGCGGCCACCAAGGCAGUGGAAUUCGGAUUCGAGACGAUUUCCUGCGCCUCCACCGGCAACUUGGCUUGCAGCGUCGCCGCGCAUGCCGCCCGCGCCGGAAUGCGGGCCGUGGUGUUCAUCCCGUCCGACUGGAGCGGGGAAAGAUCAUCGGCGCCGCCAUCUAUGGCCCGACGCUGGUGGCCGUUGACGGCACCUACGAUCAGCAAGACGCUGGGCUACGAAGUGGCGGAACAGUUGGGCUGGCGUGUGCCCGAUCAUGUUGUUGUACCUUCAGCAUCUGGAGCAAUGUUCACCAAGAUCUGGAAAGGCUUCAACGAGCUGGCCUGUCUCGGCCUGUUGGACGGCGUUGAGGCCAGUUCAUUCGGCCCCGACCAGAACACGGUGCAUCACCCGGCGGUCACCACGCGGAUGCACAUGGCGCAGGCCGAGGGCUGCUCGCCCAUCGUCAACGCGUGGGACAACGACGAUGCACGCAUAACGCCGGUGCGGGCCGACAGCCUGGCGAAAUCGCUGGCCAUCGGCAACCCGGCCGACGGCAUAUAUUCGCUGCGAGUCAUCAACAACUCAGGUGGCUCGGCCUAUGCCGUUCCCGAGGACCGGAUCGUCAGCGGUAUCCGGCUGCUGGCAGAGACGGAAGGCAUCUUCACGGAGACGGCAGGCGGCGUAACCGUGUCGGCCCUCGCCCACCUGGCUCAGCAGGGCGCGAUCGGCGCAGACGAGCUGACGGUCGUCUACAUCACCGGCAACGGCCUGAAGACCCAGGAGGCCGUCGAGGACGAGGUGGUCAACCCGCUCUCGAUCAAGCCCUCGAUAACGUCCUUCGAGGCGGCCCUGGACGGCCAGGCUGUCAACAAGAGAUAACAGAUGACCA